AGCAAAAAUAAAGGAAUUGGCCUCACUGUUCCAAUACUUUUGGAGGGCACUGUAUGUGGGAGGGAGGCUCCUCCUCAUUCAGUGUUUUCCUGAGGUGUUCCCCCUUCCAACACACACACACACUCAGAGGAGCAGAGUCCAGCACACACACACCCUCUUUCAAAGGAUUGAACUAGGGACGGCAGGCUGGGUUGCUGGGAUCCUUUGAAUAAUUUUUUUCUGGCGGCCAGGAUGAACAGAGAGCAGGCAGCUGUGGAGCUGCCAGACCAACUCUCAGAGACAGAGAGGUGGCUGGUCCAAAAGUCCUGGAGCAAAGUCUACCAGCACUGUGAGGACACGGGGGCUGCAAUACUAGUCAGACUCUUCCAGAACUACCCAGACUCCAAGCAGUACUUCCCCCAAUUUCAGCACAUGCAGGAGGCUGGUGAGCUGCAGACAAGUGCCCUGCUGAGGAGGCACGCUCGGAGGGUUAUGAGUGCCAUCAAUACCCUGGUGGAGAACAUCCAUAAUGGAGACAAGAUGGCAUCAGUGCUGCUGCUGGUGGGCAGGUCUCAUUCACUCAAACACAAGGUGGAGCCUGUAUACUUCAAGUAUCUAAACAGUGUAAUCUUGGAGGUUCUGGGGGAGGAGUAUCCUGAUUACAUCACACCAGAGGUGGGUGGGGCCUGGACCAAGCUGCUGGCAUCCAUCUACAGGCAUGUGACGUGUCUGUAUGAAGAGCUGGCUGUAGGGGUGUGACUUGUGUGUGGGAGGAGCUGGCUGGAGGUGUUUGACAUGCUUAUGGGAGGAGUUGGCUGUAGGGGUGUGACUUGUGUGUGGGAGGAGCUGGCUGGAGGUGUUUGACAUGCGUAUGGGAGGAGUUGGCUGUAGGGGUGUGACUUGUGUGUGGGAGGAGCUGGCUGGAGGUGUUUGACAUGCAUGUGGGAGGAGCUGGCUGGAGGUGUGUGACAUGCAUGUGGGAGGAGCUGGCUGGAGGUGUUUGACAUGCAUGUGGGAGGAGCUGGCUGGAGGUGUUUGACAUGCGUGUGGUAGGAGCACAUAAAGAUACUAGGAACAAGACUGCUUCCCUAACCCCUAACACUGCCAAGCAGUCUGGCUGGAAUAACUACCGUUUGAUACUCAAUCCUGAUCUCUCUCUCUCUCCUGGCCAUGACAACCCUGGCCUCUCUCUCCUUACUGGCCAUAACAACCCUGGUCUCUACUAGCCAUGACAACCCUGGUCUCUCUCUCUCUACUGGCCAUGACAACCCUGGUCCCUACUAGCCAUGACAGCCCUGGUCUCUCUCCUGGCCAUGACAACCCUGGCCUCUCUCUCUCUACUGGCCAUGACAACCCUGGUCUCUACUAGCCAUGACAACCCUGGUCUCUCUCUCUCUUCUGGCCAUGACAACCCUAAUCUCUAAUAGCCAUGACAACCCUGGUUUCUCUCUUUCUUCUGGCCAUGACAACCCUGAUCUCUCUCCUGGCCAUGACAACCCUGGUCUCUCUCUUCUGGCCAUGACAACCCUGGUCUCUCUACUGGCCAUGACAACCCUGGUCUCUCUACUGGCCAUGACAACCCUGGUCUCUCUACUGGCCAUGACAACCCUGGUCUCUCUACUGGCCAUGACAACCCUGAUCUCUCUCCUGGCCAUGACAACCCUGAUCUCUCUCCUGGCCAUGACAACCCUGAUCUCUCUCCUGGCCAUGACAACCCUGGUCUCUCUACUGGCCAUGACAACCCUGAUCUCUCUCCUGGCCAUGACAACCCUGAUCUCUCUCCUGGCCAUGACAACCCUGGUCUCUCUACUGGCCAAGACAACCCUGGUCUCUCUACUGGCCAUGACAACCCUGGUCUCUCUCCUGGCCAUGACAACCCUGGUCUCUCUCUCCUGGCAAUGACAACCCUGGUCUCUCUACUGGCCACAUAAAAACCCUGGUUUCUACUGGACUCUACCCAGAUGUUGAUGGCCAACAUUGGACAUCCUGAAGAACAUAAAGAUGGUUGAACAGCUGUCAGGAAUCUACAUUCAUCUAAUCUUUCUAGCUGAGGUUUCCUACAGAGAUUUUUUGGGGAUGUUUUGUAAAUCAUGAAUAACUUUGUAGGUAUUAGAAUUAUGGCAAUGACAUCUCAUUUUUUGAAUUGUAAAUGUUUGGUAAAAUGUUCAUUAU